GGUUGACACCGACCGUCCUAAACCGCCUAUUUGCGUGUCACUUCAUGAAAAGAUGCCACGGACUCACGGAGCAUGAGGCGGCAUCCGUGUUUGGUUGCACCAUACACUAAUCGUGUACAAAAGCCGUGCUCCUCGUUUCAGCCUAGAAAACACCAUCAAUACUCCACCAUGAAAUUCACUUCACUCACCACUAUUGUCAUUUCUGCCGCAUCAAUGGUUGGAAUAGCUAUCGCAUCUGAAGACUCCAUUAUCAUAAUUCCCCAGGGCCCUCCCGAGGGCCUACCCUGUAGCCCCAAGGGUGAACACUCUUGCAGCCUACGUGCAGACCUCAGAACGCGUACAGUACAAUGCUCGAAGGGCUACCCAAGUUACAACGACAACUACGAUUUCGCGUUUUACUGCGGGGAUUACCUGACGAUCGAAAGAGACAUGCCAUGCUCCUGCCACAACUGUUGUGAAGUGAGUCAUAAUAAACAGGGCUACGAGUGCAAGGAUGUGAGCUUGUCUUCCCAUGAUGCCUCUGGAGUCCGAGUACUCUCUGGCCGGGAACGCUGUGACCUAGUAUCAAUUUGGCACUGAUGGCCGAUGUGUCACGGCACGU